AUGCUUAGUCCCAAAAGAACCAGAUUCCGUAAACAACAUAGAGGCAGAAUGAAGGGAAUAUCUUCUCGAGGUAAUCAUAUUUCUUUCGGUAAAUAUGCUCUUCAGGCACUUGAACCUGCUUGGAUUACAUCUCGACAAAUAGAAGCAGGCCGACGGGCAAUGACACGAAAUGCACGUCGUGGUGGAAAAAUAUGGGUACGUAUAUUUCCAGACAAACCAGUUACACUAAGACCCGCAGAAACACGUAUGGGUUCAGGAAAAGGAUCCCCUGAAUAUUGGGUAGCUGUUGUUAAACCGGGGCGAAUACUUUAUGAAAUGGGUGGAGUAACAGAAAAUAUAGCCAGAAGGGCUAUUUCACUAGCAGCAUCCAAAAUGCCUAUACGAACUCAAUUCAUUAUUUCGUAA